CUGUCAUGGCUGCGAUGCUGGGGUCACAGUUUUGUGCUUUUCGAUGUUGUUUUCGAAGUGUUGCCCACCACAGGCAACAAAUAAGGAAACAGAAGAUUGAAUUAAUUUUAACAAGAAAGUUGCAUUUGUCAAAGGAGAAUUAUGCCACUUAUAGUCAAUUUAGAGCCAUUCAGAGAUUGGGAGCGCCUCACUUACGACAAGGUGCUUGUAGUGUCACACAGUCCUGCACAAGAACCACAAAUCCUCGUUGGUUUCACGUCUCGGCUGUAUUCUAUGAUGAUUUCAAGGAUGUGAUGACACCAGCUUUUCCCGAAUCGGUAUCUGAAGGGGAUGUCAGGUGGGAGAAAGCUGUGGGCGACUUUGUUGCUGAAGAUGAAGUUGUGGCUGAAAUUGAAACUGAUAAGACGGCUCUUCCAGUGCCCUCCCCUGCAUCCGGUGUUAUAGAAGAACUUUAUGUACAAGAUGGAGAUCGGGUUGAGGCAAAGCAGAAACUGUUCAAGUUAAAGCUUACAGGGGAAGCCCCAGCUCAGAAGGAUGCUGCGAAGUCUGAUGAGGCUGAAUCAAAGUCCACUGAGGCUGACUCCAAGGCCAAAGCGGAUGAGUCUAAGCCUAAGGAGGACUCAAAGGGUAGCUCAGGCCCUAUCCCCUCUUCCCCUCCCCCUGUACCCUCAGUCCCCAAAGGCCCCAAGUCAUCUGAGCCCAGCUCUUCUGUCAAAGUCACUCCAGCUACAGCUCAAGGCUCUACACCAGCUCCAGGCGCACGCUCGGAACAAAGGGUAAAGAUGAACCGAAUGCGCCAACGUAUAGCCCAGCGCCUGAAGGAUGCCCAGAACACAUGUGCCAUGUUGACAACCUUUAAUGAGAUUGAUAUGACAAACAUCAUAGAUCUAAGAUCAAAAUACAAGGAAGCAUUUUUGAAGAAGUUUGGCAUGAAGUUGGGUUUCAUGUCGGCUUUUGUCAAGGCCUCUGCAUUUGCCCUCCAAGACCAACCAAUCGUAAACGCUGUUAUAGAUGACCUUGAGAUAGUAUAUAGAGAUUACGUUGAUAUCAGUGUUGCUGUAGCAACACCUAAGGGCCUUGUGGUACCAGUCAUUAGAAAUGUAGAAACAAUGAAUUACACAGACAUAGAGAGGACCAUUAAUGAACUUGGAGAGAAGGCACGUAGUGGUACCCUAGCUAUUGAGGACAUGGAUGGAGGGACGUUCACAAUCAGUAAUGGGGGUGUGUUUGGCUCCAUGUUUGGUACGCCUAUCAUCAACCCCCCACAGUCAGCUAUACUAGGCAUGCACGGGGUGUUUGACAGGCCCGUGGCAAUCAAAGGCCAGGUGGAGAUUCGACCAAUGAUGUAUGUAGCACUGACCUAUGACCACAGACUGGUGGAUGGACGGGAAGCCGUUCUCUUCUUGAGGAAGAUCAAAUCUGCUGUAGAAGAUCCCCGGGUGCUACUCUUGGAUUUGUAACCUUAGGAAGUGUCAGUAUGCUGAUGUAGAUGUCAUAUUUUGCUGAUGUUACCUGUUCUUAUCCCUACUGUUUUCUGCUACUCUGGGACAGGUUUUACGAAACCUUGAGAUAAGUGGUCCUAGAGUAGGUACAUGUAUCUGUAAGAGUAAGUAUUAUACUGUGGAAAAUAAAUAUGUGCAUACAACCUGAAAAAUUCCUCCACUCUUUGUUUAUGGUAAAGCAUGUACUGUUGUGUCUAGUCUGGCUUCAGCGUAAACCUAAUAAUCUUUUUGAAUACACAUUGCAUUACACAUCAAACUGUUUGUCAGUUAGAAGCUGCUGAAUGUAUCAUAUUGAAAGGGUAUCUUGUGAACAAACUUGCAUCAUGUGUGUCAGAUGAAAGACAGGUUAUACUCACUGGUCAGCGCCUCAGUUCUCACUCAAAAUUGUAGUGGAAAUACCUUGUACCUUGCCACUGCUCUCAGGCUUUAACCCAUUGUAAUAUAUAU